ACAAAUGAACAUUACUCGGCCUUCAGGCCAUUUCUGGCAGUUAUGAGUAACUGCAGAAAACUGGUCGGCUCAGUCUGGUGCGACUUCUUGUUGGGUGCACAUCGACAGGACUUGUUCCCGUGGCUGACUGUACCUCGGGGCGAUCCGGACAUGUCCAACAUGACGAUGGUCCUGCUGCUCCUCCUGGCGGCUGCCACCUGCACUGCAGCUGCAGACAUGCCUGCCGGUGUCGACAUAAGUGACAUUGAAGAAAGGGUCGAAGCUUUAGAUGAGACUUUGGAAGAGAUAUUGUCGGAAAUGUCGGAGGAUCCUGGCCAAAAUAAUGACUACUUCCGACGUGGCCUCGACCCCAAGGCUCAAGGAGCGGAAGCCUGCCUGGUCUACAAAGGGGAAUCCUACCGUGGAAAACUGGCCACCACAGUGACGGGAAAGAAGUGCCAGCGAUGGGCCAGUCAGACUCCACAUUCCCACAAAUACCGGCCGGACAAGUACGAGUCGGACGGGCUGAACGAGAACUACUGCCGCAACCCUGACGGUCACUCCGCGCCCUGGUGCUACACCAUGGACAUGGGCAAGAGAUGGGAGUACUGCAACGUGCCCGGAUGUGACUGCGUGAACUAUAAAGGAACAACCUACCGCGGGACCAUCGCCGUCACCAAGUCAGGGAAGACGUGUCAGCCGUGGGCCAGUCAGACGCCGCAUAGCCACAAGUACACGCCUGUCAAGUACCUGAACUACGGACUGGACCAGAACUACUGCCGCAACCCGUCUGGUAACGCCAUGCCGUGGUGCUACACCACGGACCCCGGGAAGAAAUGGGACUACUGUGACAUCCCAGGAUGCGAGUGUGUGGAAGGGACCGGAGCAACCUACCGCGGGACUGUGGCCGUGACCAAGUCAGGCACGCCCUGUCAGCGCUGGGACAGCUCCUCACCCCACAAGCCCGGCUACACGCCGCCGGAUGGUAAAGACCACAACUACUGCCGCAACCCCUCCAGAGCAGCCAUGCCCUGGUGCUACACCACGGACCCUGGAAAGAGAUGGGAGGUCUGUGACAUUGCACCAUGCGAAUGCCGCAUGGGAAAAGGGACGUCCUACCGCGGGACCGUGGCCGUGACCAAGUCAGGCAAAACCUGUCAGCGAUGGGACAGCAAAUCUCCACACAAGCCGUACUACAAGCCGCAAGAUCGUAAAGAUCACAACUACUGCCGCAACCCGGACGGUCAAGCCCAGCCCUGGUGCUACACCACGGACCCGGGGACCAGAUGGGAGUUCUGUGACAUACCGGGAUGCGGGGACUCAAUGGCAGAUGUGAUUCCGAAGUUGUGAUGUUCCAUGUAGUGGACUCAAUGGGAGAUGUGAUUCCGAUGUUGUGAUGUUUCAUGUAGGGGACUCAAUGGCAGAUGUGAUUCCGAUGUUGUGAUGUUUCAUGUAGGGGACUCAAUGGCAGAUGUGAUUCCGAUGUUGUGAUGUUUCAUGUAGGGGACUCAAUGGGAGAUGUGAUUCCGAUGUUGUGAUGUUUCAUGUAGGGGACUCAAUGGGAGAUGUGAUUCCGAUGUUGUGAUGUUCCAUGUAGGGGACUCAAUGGGAGAUGUGAUUCCGAUGUUGUGAUGUUUCAUGUAGGGGACUCAAUGGGAGAUGUGAUUCCGAUGUUGUGAUGUUUCAUGUAGGGGACUCAAUGGGAGAUGUGAUUCCGAUGUUGUGAUGUUUCAUGUAGGGGACUCAAUGGCAGAUGUGAUUCCGAUGUUGUGAUGUUUCAUGUAGGGGACUCAAUGGCAGAUGUGAUUC